GCCCGCAUGCGCAGUCCUGUUACCCAGCAUUCGACGGCCACUUAUAAAAUAUGUAACAAGGGACCCGGAAACCUACUUCCUCUCUGAGGCUACAAGUGGAAAGGCCGGUAGCGCGAGAUGAGGGCAGCGUUCGGCACGCGUCUUGCCACUGCCACGCGGCUCCUGCCCAACGUUCUUUCCCGCCGCCGCCUCCCCGCAUGCGCAAUGAGGGGCUCUCCGCGCCGCCGCCUCAGCUCAGCGUUAUGCUGCGGCUGUUGUGGGGGCUUCUACGGACUUGCCGGCUCUUGGCGAUAUCGAUGCUGUUGUUGCUGCUGCCUCAGGAACUGGUGGGGGACCGAAAAUGGUGUAAAAUUGAGGAGUUACCAGUGUUUUCCUUUUCUGAGAUCAUCCAUGAACUACCUGGUAAUGCUGUAUAUGAAUGCAAAAAAGGUUUUACAAGAUUACCUUCAAAACCAAAUAUGACUUAUUGCAUUGAUGGAAACUGGACACCAUUGGAAGACCCCUGUGGUGACGUCUGUCCCUUUCCACCAAAGCAAACUAGAGCUAAACUAAAAGAUGAGUUUGGAACUUCAGUAUUGUUUCCUGUUGGGAUGGUAGUACACUAUGUAUGUAAGGCAGGAUUUGAACAAAUUCCUGGUAUCUUGAAUACUAUUACCUGUGGUAAAAAUAUGAAGUGGUCACCGCUUGCAAGCUUCUGUAGAGGAAAAGCAUGUGAGACACCAACACCAGUAAAAGAUGGAAGUAUUUUCUCAUUUAAUUCAGAAUACACCUUUGGAGCAAGAAUUUUAUAUAUGUGUAUUCAAGGAUACACAAUGAUUGGGAGACGUUGGAACACAUGUGAGGCAAAGGGAAGUGAUGUUCACUGGAGUAAUCCACCUCCACUUUGUGUGCGAGCUGCAUGUAAAGACCCUCCAGACAUGCCUGGUGGAUCCCACAAUGGAACUGCAUCUAUUUAUCCUUAUGGAACAGCGAUCAAAUACAGCUGCAAGGAGACUUUCUCACUCAUUGGAGAAUCUAUUAUAUACUGUGAUGUUGAUAAAACUAAUAGACCACUGUGGAGCAGUAAACCCCCGAGAUGCCAAGUGAUUAUAUGUGCAGAUCCAGUAGUUCAAGAUGGAAUAAAGAAGAUAAGUGAGUUUAAAGAUUCCUAUACCUUUGGCGGCAAUAUUACAUUUGAAUGUAAAAUUGGAUACUUCAUGAUCGGAAGUUAUUUCAUUCGAUGUGAGGCGAACAAUACUUGGAUCCCUAAAGUGCCAUCCUGCAAAAAGGUUUCUCAAGAUAUUUGUGGUGCUCCAGUAAUUCUAAAAGGAAGUGUGUAUCCACCACAACCUUAUUAUAACAUUGGAAGUAUCAUUUCUGUGCAGUGUGAUAAAAAGUAUUCUUUUCCUGAUGAAACCAUUGAGAUGAAAGCACAGUGCAAAGGCUACAAUCAGUGGGAUCCCCCUGUACAACUUUGUUUCUGUAUGUAUAAAUCCAGCUCUGUGGUAUUGACAUUAUACCCAGACACUGCUAAACUCCAUAUCCCUAAAGGAAUAAUAAAACAAGGGAAAAAAGAAUACUAUUACCCUGGAGAUGAAGUUAUUAUUGAGUGCAAUGCGGGCUAUUUUUUGAAAGGAUCAUCUAAGAUUAAAUACAUUGGUGGAAAAAAAUGGUUGCCUAAUAUUCCACAUUGUUAUCUGAGUAUUUUCCUGAGAUUACUUAUAGCUGGAUGCCUAUUACCUAUAUUGAUUGUUGGAACCAAAAUGAUUUAUCAGAAUUUUUACUUACAAAGGGCAAGAACAGAGAGCAGAGAGAUGCAGCAGAGCACAACAACUAUCAAAGAACGUAGUUUGCGGCCAAAGAGUAAAGUAGCAGUGGCCAGUCCUAACCUACUCAGCAAUGACCUUUCAAGUGAAACAUCCAAGAGGAUAGCAGUACAAGGAAAAUUGGGCCAUCCCCGCAGCUUCAGAAGCAAAUCAGUGUACUAGGGGUGAGGAAGAAAAGUGAAGCGACACACCAGAAUGCCCUCCACUCUCACCAAACUCAGCAAAAGUGGGAGCAAGUCUACAAGGGCUUGAUGCUUGUCUUCUCUGUCCCAGGGACUGGGGAGAGAAGCUUCAAUGCAGCAUGUUGGAGUGCUCCCAACAAGGGCUCUUCCAGUGUUGGGACACCACCUCUUGUGCUUCUUCCACCUGACACAGCCACUUCACCCUGCCUCAUGGGCAGGCCAGCUCUGUUUAUGACUACUGCCUGUGCUGCCUGGGACUUAUGGAAGCUCUAGUCCAACAACAUCAGGAGGGCACUAUGUUGGAUUCUUCUGAUCUAAAACAAUAAGAUUUCACUGUAAAUUAUGUUUCAGUUCUCCUAUAAAUUACUAUGAAUGACAUCAUAUGUGCUUACUGUAUUUAUAUUUUGAAGUUAAAGUUGCUCCAAAGAACUCACUUCGCCAUCUUGGCCUCGCAACAGCCCUGGGAGAUAGCUGAAAAAUAGAUGCUUGCCCAAAUCUGCCAAAUGAUCUUCGUUGGUAAGCAAGAAAAUAUUUCUAGAUACUGGAAAAUCUACCAAUUCCUGGCAAACUUCCAACCUCAAUUAAAUAUUUUUUGAUACUUUAAUUCACCUGAUACUUAAAAUGAGGAACUACUUCACAAAAAUAUUUCAUAAAAUUGAAAAAUUUAUGUUCUUUGCUUACAGUCCUAGAUAGGGACAGAAGGACUUCAUUUGUGGUUCAAACUGAGAUCCAUUAAGUGUGGCAUUUUGUUAUUAGAAGCAGCCAGCUCACAACCACAGUUUUAGAAUGGUAGGCAUCCCUUAUUGCUUGUCCUCAGCAUCUGUACUUAGAGUUCUUCGUAGUCUCUAUACAGUCCAUUGUGUGGGUUCUGUGCCCAGAGCAGUAUUAAGAACCUUCUAGAGCAGGUACCUUUCAGAUGCUUUGGACUGCAAGUCCCUAUUCCAUGACCCUUGGUUGUGCUGGCUAGGGCUGAUCAGAGUUGGCAUCAAAGAGUCAGGAGGAGACCAGUUUGGGGGAAAGUUGGGCUCUUAAAAACAUUUUGGUAGGUCUGCUUCCAUUCCACAUGAUGUAUUCUCAAGCAGUAUGCUUCCAUCCCCCUCAGUUCCUUCUUGGCCACUGCAGUGGUUGCAUCUUUGAAACUUUAUCACCCUUCCCCCAUUCCUCUUUAUAAAAAACCAAACUUUAUUCUGUUUUAUUUUCUCUUCUCUCUAUACAGUACUUUCCCUUUCAAAUUUUGUAUUUUAUUUCAUCUCUGGGAUCUCUCUAGACCAGUACUAUUUUUCUAGAAAAAACGGUUCUGGAAUUCACCACGAACACCUCCCUCGUUCUCUUAGAAUCGCAAUGACACCCAUGUGAGAGGUUCCAGAACUGAGUUCUGUUGAGUUCUGGCUAUAAAAACCCCUGCUCUAGACUAUCUGAGACAUCUUAGUGCUCCUCCAGAACCUGCCCCCUUUAAAUUUUGUAAAUAUUUUUUUGCCAUGCACGUAAAGCUGAAUGCACACAAGUUGCUGGCUUGCUGUGUAUGCCCAGACAGAUGUUUUAGUUGUCUGUCUGUUUUAAAUGACAGGUAAAUCAUAAUGGGUUUUGUUGAUGUUCAGCUGCUUCUUUCAAAGACUUUGCAUUUUAGAAAGUUACAAACGUCACUGUAUAAUGAUAUUUUGUAUUUGAGAUUGGUUUUCUUUUCUUUUCAGGCACUUGAUUAAACGAGCACUUCCUAAAAGCUACAAGGGAUAAAUUGUAAAUUUCUGAAGAUAAUUAUACACUUACAUGAAUCAAAGACUUUAAAGUUGAAUUUGUAUUAUAUAUUAAUUUACAAGAAAUAAAGCAUAUACAUGAAUAUAA